UCAAGUUUGUUCAUGUUUGAAAAUAACGUUUCUUAACGAAUUGGAGUUCGAAUUUUCGAAAAUUCUUAAGUGUUUUGGUGUGUUUGAAGUUGUAAAUUCAUUAAAGGAACCCAGUGUAUUUUACUGCAAUGUCUCAGCAACAAACGAAGAAUAGUAUUACACUAAAAGGAUCUGCCCAAAUUAUUUGCGAGUAUCUAAGGUUUGCCAUCAAUUCGGUUUUGUUCCAAAGAGGCCUGUACCCGCCGGAGUCAUUUAAAGCAGAACAAGAGUAUGGCUUAACAUUACUUAUAUCUGAGGAUCCACUUAUCAAAGGCUUUAUUUCGGACAUCUUAAGAAAGAGUGAAGAAUGGAUUCUCCAAAAGGAGGUCAAAAAGCUUUCACUUGUUAUAAUCAAUGUUUCAAAUAAAGAGGUCCUGGAAUGUUGGGAUUUCAAUGUUCAGUAUGAAGAAGGGGAUCUUGUGUUAUCAAAGGAGAAAAAUGAGAAAGUAAGCAGCAAGGAUUUGAAGAAAAUACAGCUUGAAAUAAGAGAUGUUAUGUUACAAGUGGCAGCAACAAUUUCUUACUUACCAUUGUUAGACUGUAGGUGUUCUUUUGAUAUUUAUAUUCAUGCUAACUCGGAGUGUAAUAUACCUGAAAAAUGGAUGGAAGCUGCGCCUAUAACUAUAUCCAAUGCUCAGAAUGUUCAACUCAAGUCAUUCUCGACCAACCUUCACAAGAUGGAUACAGUUGUCACUUAUAAAUUAAUGGAUUAAAUAGAAGUUUAAGGAAUUAAUUUUAAAAAAUAACUCAAAAGGUUGAAUAGUACAGUUCGAAUUAUGUCUUAGUCGAAACUAGCUUCUCUCCGUGACUUUGUCUGUGUGAAUUGAAAUAAAAAUCUACUAUUAAUUAUAGCUUGUUGCUCAGUGAUAUUAUAGGUUUUAAUGGCAGAAUAAUUAUUGAAAUUUGUUCAAUAGUUUUCUAGUUUAUUUGUUACAUACAAAAAUUGAAUUCUUUCCACUUUUACAACAUUAGCAUAGAAAUGUUUGAAAGUAAAGUAAAUUUACUUCAGAUAAUUCCUUAUUUUAUGAUUGUUUUGCAGUUGUUAUGUUAUAUUUCCCACAUAAUCAGUUUUUGAAGUAUUUGUAAGCAACAAUUUUUUAUACACCACUUUAAGAGCGGGCGCACACGUUUGACUAAACUAUCGCAAAACAGUUUGCGAUUGUCGAUUGUGUCGGUGCCAAUUCAACUAUAUAGUUGCACAACUAAAAAUCUAGUAGUGAUCGCACCUCUGUAUAAGCAUUGGAAUCAAUGCGCGACUAAACAGUUGUGCGAUAGUUUAGUCAAAGGUGUGCGUGUGCUCUAACAGUGAUAUGUAAGUGUAGAUACCAAACUCAACCAAUCUUUUGAGUGAACAUUGCUGCUAUAAACUAAACAUUUACAGCUUUAGUAAUAAAUUGAGUAUAAGCAAAAUUUUUACUAAUGUUUGCUUAUACUUGGUUUAUUCCUAAGUUUAAUUUGUACCGCGUUUAUUUAUAAGGCUGGUAGUGAUUGUUUCAAGGAUAUAUUGUAAUUGACAAGGCUUUUUUUAUUAUUUUAGUACCAAAGAUAGAUUGUCAGUUAACAUUCAGAAAAAUCAUGACAACAAUCUAACUAUUUUUUUAUGAUUUAGUGAUUAUAAAAAUAUUUUGAUGUUUUUGAGUAAAGUAUUU